UUCCCAUCCCCCCCCCCCCCCCCCCCCCCCAAAUGGCCCCUACUGGAGAACAACACCUCCUUUCCACCGAAAUCGUCAACCGCGGUAUCGAAUCCGCGGGCCCUGAUGCCGGUUCCAUGACCUUUUCGGUCCGGGUACGCCGUAGGUUACCCGAUUUUGUCCAGUCUGUUAACCUGAAAUAUGUGAAACUUGGUUACCAUUACUUGAUCAACCAUGCCAUCUAUCUGGCCACCGUGCCCGUGUUGGUUUUGGUUUUCGGUGCCGAGAUUGGGAGCUUGAGUAGAGAGGAGCUGUGGCGGAAGCUCUGGGACAGCACUGCGGGGUAUGAUCUCGCUACGGUUUUAGCGUUUUUCGCGGUUUCCGUGUUUACGCUCUCGGUUUACUUCAUGUCUCGUCCGCGAUCUAUUUAUUUGAUCGACUUCGCCUGUUUCAAACCGACCGAUGAUUUAAAGGUGACAAAGGAGGAAUUUAUCGAAUUAGCGCGGAAAUCGGGGAAAUUCGACGAAGCGAGUCUCGAAUUUCAGAAAAAGAUCCUUCAAUCGUCGGGGAUCGGGGACGAAACAUAUGUUCCGAAAGCGAUAAUGUCGCCCGACAACAUCACGACGAUGAAAGAAGGGAGAGCCGAGGCGUCAAUGGUGAUAUUCGGAGCGCUAGACGAGCUUUUCAAGAAGACGCGCGUGCGGCCAAAGGACGUGGGAGUACUUGUUGUUAACUGCAGCAUCUUUAACCCGACGCCUUCGCUAUCCGCGAUGAUUAUUAACCAUUAUAAAAUGAGGGGGAACAUUUUGAGUUUUAAUUUGGGUGGGAUGGGGUGUAGUGCGGGUAUUAUCGCGGUGGAUUUGGCGCGCGAUAUGCUUCAGGCGAACCCGAAUAAUGUGGCCGUGGUAGUGAGUACCGAGAUGGUGGGGUACAAUUGGUAUCCUGGACGCGAUCGGUCUAUGCUCAUCCCUAAUUGUUAUAUCCGGAUGGGGUGCUCGGCCGUGCUGCUUUCUAACCGUGGCCGGGACUACCGCCGUGCAAAGUAUAGGCUUGAACACAUUGUUCGUACACAUAAGGGUGCGGAUGACCGGUACUUCAGGAGUGUGUAUCAAGAGGAGGAUGAACAAAGGUUCAAAGGGUUGAAAAUAAGCAAAGAUCUAGUUGAGAUUGGAGGUGAUGCGCUCAAGACGAACAUCACAACCUUGGGUCCUCUAGUGUUACCAUUAUCCGAGCAACUACUUUUCUUCACGACCCUAGUAAAGAGGUAUUUCUCCGGUUCCAAAGGGAAAGGUACCAAUGCUGCUAAAAAAGCUGACACAUUGGCACCUUCUUCCUCUGGGACCAAACCGUACAUCCCUGACUACAAGCUAGCGUUUGAGCACUUUUGUGUUCAUGCCGCUAGUAAAACAGUGGUGAACGAGCUCCAACGCAACCUUGGGCUCAGUGAUGCCAACGUGGAGCCGUCUAGAGCCACCCUCCAUCGGUUUGGGAACACUUCGAGUAGUAGUAUUUGGUAUGAGCUGGCAUACCUCGAGGCGAAAGGACGGAUCAAAAGGGGUGAUCGGAUCUGGCAGUUGUCAUUCGGGUCGGGUUUUAAGUGUAAUAGUGCCGUGUGGAAAUCGGUUCGUAGCAUAAAGAAACCUUCAAGCAACAACCCUUGGCUUGAUUGCCUAGACAGGUAUCCUUUUGAGGCUCUUUCUUAGAGUAUCCAAAUCCACCCCUCAAAGUUUUAUUUAAUUACACUUUGGUACCUUGUAUAAAUAAGAGGUUAAAAGCUCCUUAUAAACUUCUACAUUUUCUAUGUUGUAUCCGAGGUUUACUAUUGAUUGUUGUAUUAACUUGUGUUUGAAAUUCAUUUAACGUUAUCCCAAUUACAAGGAA